UAUUUUAUAAUUAUCUAAUUUACACUGAAGAAAACGAGCUCUCUAUCAAUAAAAACCACCAGAGAAACGAUGAUGAAACGAUAUUCGCUAAAAAAAAGUACCUGCAAAUCAGGAUGACAAACUUCCUAAAGGCCGGUCAUUUCUUUGUUUCUGUCGUCACGGAUCGAUGGCAUUUUUUGAACAGAAUUGCAAAGCAUUUAAAGAUGCAUAUAUUAUAGUCCUCUCACAGAUGGAACUGAUUAGCUUUGUGUCUCCUUGGAUCGUAUACGUUUGGUAGUUGAAGAUUUCGCAAAAAUAUUCUGUUGUAUUGAUUCACUAUACUAAACAGCCUCCAUACACUUCGGCCAACACUCAACACUUCAUAAUUUUAAGAUGAACCCUUAAUCAUGUCAUUUUCUUCAUUUUUUUCUUUAAUACCUAUGCGUCUCACUACUAUUCGGAGAAAAGUUGUUUAAGGUACGAAGGAAAAACCCGUUUGCAGAUUUUAUUAUAAGGGUUAUACCUUGUGAGCCGAUGACGUCACACAAAUAUGUCAAUGACAGUUCUUAUUAUUUCGCACUGUGUGAAACAACUCAUUUUAUUUGUCGAAAAGUGAUACUCAUUGUAAAGGUGUUGUUAGUUCCUUGCUUACCCUACAAAAUGGUCUCGCCGGACUGUAAUGGACGAUGUGCAGAUUAUGGCCCUAACCUUCACGUUUGUUACGAUAAUAUAAUUACGGCCGAUUACACUGGCACAACAUAUAAAGGAUUUUACGCGGAUGGUACACCUGUUGCAGUCAAAACUAUAUGCAAAUGCGAAGAGACUGAACAAUAUUUUCACAAAGAGACAUUUCGAUAUUUGAUGACAAACUCCAAAUUUAAUCGAAAUGAAAAUUUGGUUCAUUAUUUCGAUAUGGACGAAACUGUUAAAUUACGCUUCGUUGUGAUGGAACGAUACGAUACUGACUUGAGGGACAUGCAAACUGAGAAAUUCGGCAAAAGUGACAGAUUAGAAUUUAUAAAGAAUGUCUGUCAAGCCAUACACAUUUUGCAUUCCGAAUUUAAUAUUGUUCACGGGAAAAUCAAUCCGAAUAAUGUGGCUCUGUGCAACAAUCGAAACGGCAGUUAUACCGCUAAAUUGGCCGACUUUGGCAUUAGCAAAACAUUUUCAGAUGAUUGUACAACAAUCGAUACUAAUGGAACACAAAACGAUGAGUGGAUGUCGCCAAGAUUUUUAAGAGCAAUCGACUGUGGAGACAUAAAGUACAGAGCAUCCGCCGCUGACGAUAUUUUCAGUUUAGGAAUGCUGAUCUAUUACAUUUACACAAAUGGAAAGCAUCCUUUUGGUAAUCCUUCAUGGCGAAUUUAUAGCAUCAGACACAACCGGAUUGAUUCCGAUGACAUUUUAGAAGAGAAUUUCGCAUUUCAGAACUUAAUGCGCGCUAUGACUAACAGCAACCCUAAGAAACGACCGAAUAUACAGCAAGUUAUCAAUCAUCCGUUCUUUUGGUCAUACGAGUUCAAUUUUCAUUUCAUUAGAGACGUGUAUAGUAGACUUGGUUCGUUCUGCCAAUUUCAGGAUAAUCUUGAAUCGCGUUUCGAUAUUAUGAAUGAUUUCAGUGGUGGGUGGAAUAAAGCCUUGGAUCCGGAGUGGAUUACCUGCUUACAAAAGCAAACGGCAAAGACCUCAAGACCGUACAAAUUCAAAAGUUUCGUUAGUUUGUUAGGUUUUAUCUGUGAGAAUUUCGAAAAUCGCUCCGAUUGGGCGACUGAGACUAAAUUAGUUCCGCUACUGAGAAAUGAUGAGCGUGCUGAUGCAGCGAUCGACGAAUUAUCGUACAUGCGAUAUUUCAUGCGAAUUUUUCCCAAGCUAAUCUUGGUAUUAGCCACAACUGACGGUAUCGAAUCACUUUCGUUGAAUCCAGAUUUUAUAUUACCAUCACGUACGAUAUUUGACUUAGGCCCUUCUGACGAAGAACGUGGGUCAAUGAGAAAAGUCUUAACUGAAUGAAUGCUCUAACGCUUGGAAUUCAGUUGUAAGAAAAGGAAAUUAAUAGAGAGAGAACUCUCAAGAAUUCCCAAGAUGUGUUUUCUCGUCAAAAAAAUGUUUAGGUUGGGGAAAAGACUAGGAUAAUCGAUGGGACAACGCAUACAAAAAACAAGAAAGUGUGAUGUAUUUUAUGCGUUUUUUUUCGUAUGCGUUCUAGCGGAAGUGGCGGGAUUAGAUAAGGACGCCGAUAUUAAAUUUCCAAUGGCAUGGCAUCAAAAUAACAAUUUUAUGUACUGUACUGUACACGUACAAGUUUUUGAAUAACAAAAGCACAAACGCGCCUGCCGUUAAAAAAUUAACAUUCCGUGAGUAAAUUCUAAAAAUUUUUUUUUUUGAAGUAGGAUUAGAUACGAAAUUAUUUACUGUGAUCGAUGGGAUCUCUACACGUUGGUCUAUUACAAAACGGAAAUAUGACAGAUAGCUGUACCAGGGACUGAAAAAAUUUACAAAUUUUUAAAUUUAAGUAAGAUUAAAAUUAAGAAAAACCUUGUCUCGCAGAAUUCGACAGUUCUCGCUAUAUGAUCUAUUAUUUGUUAUAAAUUUUAUGCAAUUCUAUCAGGUAAUUGAACUGUUUCUUCCCUCUUCGUAAUGAAGUAUCUAUAGCAGUUAUGUCUCAUAUGCUGUGUAUUUCAUAUGAAAUACGCUGUGUCUGAGUUUAGUCGAAAUACCUACGAGAAACCUCUUUCACAGAGGCACACACCCUGAAAGACAAAAGAGCAAUGCAAACGUUUAAAACACCAAUACUCGUCAACAUGUGUUACGUCUUAACAGCCAGUGGUAAAAAUAAUCUUAAUAUAAGGAGACUAGUCAUAGAUGCACGUACGUGAAUGAUAAGCGAAUUAUGAAAAAAAUGUAACACAUUUUUACAUAGAAGACUAUAUUACAUACAAAUUAAAUUUUUCUCAUGAUUCGCUUAACAUGCCCAUGCAUAAAGCUAAGACUAGACUAGCCACCUAUUAUUGUGAAUAUUUGUGAAAGUGUCUGUUGAGGUGUGGUAAAUGUUAACAACGUUUGCUGUCGCUAACAUUCACAUUGCACAAUAGUGUCUCAAGAUUGCAACAGUGGCCAAGUCGAUAUUGUUUGUGGCGUAUGGUUUUGGCAUAGAAACAUUUCAUUCCGUCACAGAACUGCAUAAAACUUUGUGUGCAACAGCAACACUAUGCUGGUAUAUUAUAUCCCACAUUGUCGAGAUCUAAAUGGCCAGCCCGAAGAAAAGCAGAGUAUCGUACGAUUCUUGUUGCGUAAAUAACUAUUGAAUGUCUAAGAUUUUUAUUCCUUGUUUUAUUGAAACAUAUCUAAUGUAAGUCGUAGCUUUUAAGACUGUAAAUAUUUAAUUUUUUAUUUUAUUGAAAAACAGGUCUAUGGAGUUUAUUAAGAGUGAAUCUAAGUUUAGGUCAAAAAAAAACUUUGCUUAAAAAUACGAAAAAAAAAAUUGUAUUCCAUGCUGAAAACGUCAUGAUUGAAAAAAUA